AUGAAUGACGAAUACGAGCAGCAAGCAAAUUCAAAUGCAAAUUCUCUCAAUGAAAUAAAUAAUCGUCGUUUAUCUGCAAUUAAAUUGAAACUUCAAGAAUUAACACGUGAAAAAGCAAAGUACAAUGAUGAAAAAUUAAAACAAGAUGCAGAAUUUUUACGAAAUGAAAUAGGUCUUUUAAAUACUGCUAUUGUUGAUAUUAGCAAAGAAAUUAUUGCUCAAAUAAAUAUUAGAAAAACUUUGAAUGCUAAAAUGCAAAUUUUUCGAUCGAAUUCAAGACUUCAUUAUACUAAUUUAGAAGCAGCACUUCGAGAUAAAAAACGUUAUGAAAAAGAAUUAGAAAAAUCAAAUAAAUCAGAUGACUAUCGAAAAUUAGUACAAAAUAAAAUAGAGUCCAUUGUCAAUGCUGUACCACACUUUGAAGAACAAGAUAAAUAUAUUCAACAACUCGAAAAAGCUGAAAAUACACAAGUUGCAGCACAAAAUAAACGAGACAAACUUGCAAAAAAUUUGAAUUCAAUAUCACAUAAACAAGCUGAUAUAAAACAAUUAUUAAUCGAUAGUGGAACAAAAUUACCUAAACUUGAAACAGACAUUGCAAAUUUACGUUUGGAGCGUGAACAUAUUUUAACCUUAAUUGGUAAGAAAAAGAAAUGUCAUCGUUCAUCAACUAUACAACAUAAUGUAAUUGAUUCACCUACUUCGUUAUUCCCAUUAUUGGAACAAGAUACGAACGAAUAUGAGAAGCAAUCUUGCAAUGAACAGUUAGAAAAGAUUCAUUAUUUAUUGACAUAUUUUCAUGAAAAAAUGUCUGAACAUAAUUUAUCAACUAAUGAUAUACUAUGUUCAACAGCAACAUCGGAAUUAAUAUCGCCACUCUAUCAACCAUUGACACCAUUUGAAGAACAAACAAUUCUUUCAUCUUAUAUGGAUGAAAAAGAUAAUCAAAACAAUACAUCUAUAAAAACAACAAAAACAAAUGAACAAUCUAUUGUUAUUGCAAUGAAAUUACCAAGAAAUUUUAUCCCAUUAGAUCUUAAGUCCACUAUAACAAAUGAAAUUAUACAUUCGCCGUAUUAUCAACAAACUGAGAUUGAAUAUAAAAAAGAAUUACCAUCAGAUAUUGUCAAUAAAUAUGCUGGAGUUGCUAGAAAUAAACAACAACAACAACAACAACAAUUAGCUCAUGGCAAGAAACACAAGAAGAAUAAAAAAAAUUUUGUUAUGACACAUUCAUCACAAAUGAUAGUUUUAUACAAUGAUAUUCGUACAUCUACGGGUAGUUCUGAUACACUUCCGUCGAUGCCAAUGUAUGAAUAUGAACUUGCGCCAACAAUAAAAGCUCUUCAAAUCGUGAAACAAAGUGUUGAAUCUUAUUUAAAUGAAUUGUCAAAACGUUCGCAAGACGAUCUAUCAGUAGGAAUGCCUGACGACGAUGACGAUGAUGAUGUUCAAGAUUCAGCUUUGGACACAUUUUCUGAAGGAUCAUCAUUCAUUGAAGUAAACCAUAUUUCGAAAGAUUCGGCAUCAUAUAUUACUCCAUCAUCAAUAAAUAUGUGUCAAGCACGUUCAUCAUCAUCAUCGGAUGAUAAGAAAACAAUUGUUUCAUCAUCAUCUCCUCCCUCAUCUCAUAAUAGUCAUAGGAAAAUAGAAAAUCAAGCUGCAUCUGUAGUUCCAUUAACAACUGUAGAAGAAUUGCCAUCGCAUAUCUCGUUGUUGACAAUGCAAAUUGCUCAAAUCGAACGUCAAAUAUCUGAUGAAGGUUAUCGUUCAGUUAGAAAUGAAAAUCAACAGCAAACAACGAUAACUAAUACUAAUAAUUUACCUCUAUUAACUCGAUCACAAACUUAUGAUUCUACUGAAAAAGUUGAUAAAUGGUUAUCGAGCACAAAAAAACCAUCAACUACUUCAAUGAGCAAUGAAAUAAUGCAGCUGGAUAAUAAUAUUAAUUUUCAAGCAACAGAUACUGAUGAUGACGAAACAGAAGAUUUGAAUACAUCAACGAUGUUAAGAUGUUAA